AUGAGAUUAUAUUUCGUUAUAAAUUAUUUGAUGAGUAAUAUUCAUGUUCGAACAAAUCAUUUAGAUUGUUUUAACACCUUGUUUCAAUUAACUCUAACAAUAGAUAAUUUACAAUCCUUACAAAUGAAAAGCAAAAUUUAUGCUGAAGAAAUUUAUAAUCAAGCUGAUUACAUCGUUGAAGGAACAGCGUUUACACCACUGUUCUCUUCAUCCACAAAAUUCAAAUCUUUUCAAACGGUGGAUGAUAUUUCCGGAAUGGAUAUAAGACCUCAUUUGCAAAAUUCAUCCUUAAAAUUAUGGAAAUUUGAAACAAUCAAUUUUAUUCUUCAAUAUUGUCCGAAUUUAAAAAGUUUGGAUCGAAUUGUAACUGGAAUUUAUCUAAGGAAAGCUAAUAGAGCAUCGGCAGAAUCAUCUGAUAUUCCCCUCCAACGGUUUUCCUUAUCAAUGAAUGACACUCCACUUCAACAGAAAUUGCUGCAAUUAAUGCAACGAUUAAAGCACUUUGAUUUCUAUAUUUCGUGUCAAUUGAGAUCAUGGAAGAAUCUUUUCCAUUUUUUACCAAGUUUUACGAAUUCAUUUGCGUUCGAUCACAAUUGA